UACCGGACCACACAGCACACAAGACAACUUUUACACCCAGCAUUACGCAUGGCACUGCCUUUGCGCAAAAGCGCGACGUUACAAGCGUCACGGAAGACACUGGUGGGAUUCUAGACAGAUAUCAUCUAGCCAAAAGACAUAUUGAAGGUUUCUGAAGUGAAACAUUUUUUGCGCAUUUGAUUUCCAAAUGCACAACAGGAUAUCCUUUUCAUAGCGUGUAAAUAUUCCGCUGUAGGUUUAGUUGCUGCGACGCCUAUAAGGUAAAAUUCAGACAGAAAUGGAUCUGUGGGGAAUUUAUCUAUUUCAUCUCAUAACUUCGGCCCUGUUAGCGGUUAUACUGGCCGGCAGAGACUGCUUAGAGGCUGGAGACUCGUGCUCGAGUGAUGAGACUUGUAGUCCACGUCUGCGCACUUUGCGUCAGUGUGUGGCAGGCAAUGGCAACAUGAAGCUUGGUCCCGGUGCCAGGAGCCAGUGUGCCAAUGCAGUGUCCGCCCUUCUAUCCAGCCCCUUACAUGGAUGCCAGUGCAAACGAGGAAUGAAGAAGGAGAAGAACUGCCUGAGCAUCUACUGGAGUCUUCAUCAAUCUAUUAUACAUGGACUUACCCUGGUGGAGAGUUAUCCGUAUGAGACAGUGCAAAAGGAUUAUGACUAUGUCCGCUUGGCCUCUAUUACAGCUGACUCUGAUGUUGGCAUGACAACCGUGAAUCGCUGCUUGGAUGCUGCAAAAGCUUGCAAUGUGGACGACUUGUGUCAGAAGCUUCGCACGGAAUAUGUCUCAGUUUGUAUCAAACCCAGUGCCAAGUCAGGGUUGUGCAACCGACCUAAAUGCAAUAAGGCCCUGCGCAGGUUCUUUGACCGUGUUCCUGCUGACUACACACAUGAGCUACUCUUCUGCCCCUGUACGGACACAGCAUGUGCAGAGCGUCGAAGGCAGACCAUUGUACCCAGCUGCUCCUAUGAAAGUGUGGAAAAACCUAAUUGUAUUACACAGAUGAGGAUCUGCAAUGCUGACUAUGUGUGCAGGUCUCGUCUAGCACAGUUUCAAUAUGACUGCAAACCUUCAGAAACAUCUGCCAGUGGCUGUGAGCACGGCAACUAUGGGGCUUGCCUUCUCUCCUACACAGGUCUCAUAGGAAGUACGAUAACUCCCAACUAUGUCGACAACUCCACAUCCAAUGUGGCCCCAUGGUGCUCCUGCUCAGCUAGUGGGAGCCAAAGGGAGGACUGCCAUCAUUUUCUGGGGUAUUUCACCAACAACACCUGUCUCAAGAAUGCCCUCAUAAAGUUUGGAAGUGAAUCAGACCAGCAGCCACAUCUCAGGCAAUCCAUCACUCCCAGCCAUGACAGGAGAGAAAACAGGAGCAGCACUUCUCCACCAGAAACCAUAGAAACCACAAAGAACAGUCUGGAUACAGUAAUACAAACACAGGCCCUGGAAAAUGAACUUCUGGUGGGCCAUGCCACCUUCCCCUCUAGCAGUUUCCCAAACUCAUCCUCACCUUGUAGCCUAAAGCUUCAUGCUGCCUUCAACUUUCUGUUGUUGCUCUUUCAUCUCCUCAACAAUGUACAAUAAACACUACAGAUAAUCCUGCUGUGGACCCCUCCAAACCGAUGGGAGGACCAGAGCACUUCAAAGGAAAAUGGACCAUGUGGCAUCAUUCCAUAAUCUAAAUAUGUACAGCAAUUCUGUCUUUCUAUUUUUGUGUCUAAACCGUAAAGUUCCACCAAUGUUCUUACUCACAGAGUGGGAACCUUCUGCAGACAUUCCCAGUCUGGACAGUUUGUACAAAGUACUGCUCUUAUGGACUAACCCAGUCUCAGCUACUCAGCUGAAUUGAAGUUACAAUGAAAAUAUAACACAGAUAUGUGUGAUAGAAUGAUACGAAGUAUGCACCAGUGAAGAUUUGUCUUUUCAAAAACAGCUAUGUACAGUCAUGGAGAUUAUUGAAGUAUACCAGUAAACUUUGUGUCUGCUCCCUCUUUGGUGCAUUAAGUGUUAAGAAAGGUACUGGGAAAGAAAGAGCAUUAUUACCACUGUCCUCAAGUGGCUGAAAGAGGAUCAUUAUUUUUGACCAGUACUGGAAAGGUGGAACAACAGAGUGACAACACACCUACAUUUUGUGUAGACAUCCUGGACUAAAGCACUAAUUCCAUGUCCAGAAGCUCUGUCUUGAGGAAAGGUAUUAAACUUGAGAACAUAAAAAACCUUGAUGUUGAUUAUCAUCUUCUCCCUCAAGACUGCUGACCUUUCUUAAACUCUUUCACAAACUGCAUUUAUUAUCACUAAAGCUGCCAAAGCUGCUUAUAGAAUACAUAAGUCCUUGCUCUUUAUCAGCAAAGAGAUACACUUGGAUUUGAAAGGAAAUAACCAGAGUAGCAGUAACUCUACCUGUAGCUGCUGUGCUAUGUGUUUGUGAGUGUAAUACCUUUUUAGUUCUUAUUGUGUCAGUGAACUUUACAAUAUGGGAUUCUGGAUUUUCAUGCUAGAAAAAGAAGUGAAUGAUUUGACUUAUCAAGUGUCGCCAACACCAGUAUAAGGUCACUUAGAGAUUUGACAUUAAUGAAUGACUCUGUGUUUUCUGUUCUGGGACCAUGAAGUGAAUUCUGAAUGGACACAUCUAAUUAGAAUUCAAAGCAUAUUGUGUAUACAUACAUUUGUAUCAUUCAGCAUUUUUUAAUUAAAUGACAAAAGCUUU